AGCUCUCCCCGCCGCGAGUAGUACGGUCCGGGGGGAGGCCCUUGAGCGGCGGCGGCGCGGCCGCAGUCAGCCCGGCGGGGAGCGGAGCAGAGCGGGGGCCGAUGGCGUUCAGCGCCUGGCUCUCGCCGGUGCAAUGGGCCCGGUGGACAUGGUCGGCGGUGCGGGGCGGGGGCAGCCCCGAGGGGGAAGACGGUGGGACCGGGGAGGAUCCGGCGGCGGAGGGCACGGCUCUGAGCUUCAGCUCGGACUCGGAAGGUAACUUUGAGACCCCUGAGGCACAAACGCCGACCUGCUCGCCCAUAAAGGAGUUCUGUGAGCCACUGCCAGGAUCGCUGGAGCCCGAGGCUGGCAUCAAAGAGCACAGUGGCCAUGGGGACCUGCCGGUAGGGGAUGCCCACCAGGACAGCUUUCCUGGGAAGCACCCCAAAGAUGGGGCUCGGCUGGAGAUCGGAGCCCCUGAAGCCAGCUCGGAUUCCAAAGGGGACACCGCCCCCGAAGGCCGGUCCCUGACACAGCCACAGGCUGGAAGCCAGGCUCCGGCUGUGCCUGGGAGCGGGGCUGGCACUGCCUGUGCCGCCGUGCCCACCGCAGAGCCAGCCCUGGUGCCCCAUGCCGGCACAGCCGCCCCGGAGCAGGUCAUGCCGGGAGAGGAGGCAGCGGGCGCAGGGCCGGGGCUGGUGGAGCCGCAGGCUGAUGAUGCCCUGGCACGGGAAGGUUUGCCCAGCCAGGGCCAGCUCGGGAAAGGAAAAUCCCCUUCGCUGGGGAGGAAAACAGAAGAAAGCACAGAGGAGACCCCAGUGCCCCAAGCAUCCGACCAGUUGGACCCCGAGAGCGUGAACCCCUUUGUGGCAGGGAGCUGCCGGCUGCAGAGCUCCCCCCCGGCAUCCCCACGCCGCCUCCCCCGUCCCGGCGGCAGCGCCGAUGGGGUGGGCGCGGACCCGGAGCCCAAGGAACAGGUCCCCAGGCCCGAGGUGGAUUGUUCAGAGAGCGGCGAGAGCGCCGAGGCCAGGAGAGCUACGCCCAGGAAGGGCAGCCGGAUCCCGGCCAGCAAGCUGACGCCGAAGCGGCACCGAGAGUCCCCCAAGAAAUCGGCCGAGGACGCAGGGAGGGCUCCCACGGACUCGCCCCCUCCCCGGGGCUCCCCGCGGCCGGGUCCUGCGCUCCGGGACAGCCCAGGUCUCGACGCCUCUGCUGGCAGCUCGACGCUGCAGAACUCACCGGCCCUCCCCAGGGGUUCCUACCAGUUUGACCCCAAUAACUUUGACUCCGUGGAUCCAUUUAAGCCCAGCAAGAGCCUCGCCAGCGCUGACCCCUGCCCCGCUGCCGACAACAACCUGAACGAGAUCCUGGAGUCUCAGACCCUGGAGGUGCAGGAGGAGCUGGGGGAAGGCAGAGACUCCCCGAAGAAGCCCAAGUCACGUCUGAUAACGACCACUGAGCAAGUGAAAUUUCUCUGUUUUCUGUUGAGUGGCUGCAAGGUGAAGCCCUACGAGACGCAGUCGCUGGUGCUGGAUGUUUGUGCCCAGGAUGAAGGAGCCCUGCUCCCGGACAUCCCAGCCCUCGCUAACCGGGAUGGCCGUGCCACUGAUGAGGAGAAGCUGGCCUCCACCACCUCCAUGCAGAAACCAGCUGGGCUGGAGAAGAAGGGAGAGCCAGAGGAGGAGCUGGAGUACUUUGAAUGCUCAAAUGUUCCCGAGCCAGCAGUGAAGAGCAGCUCGGAGGCAGGCUUUGAGAAGGAGAUCUCCAAGCAGAUGAUGGAAAAGGAGGGGCCUGGCAUCUUCCCCGGCAAUCCAGGGCUGUGCUCCAUGGACAAAUCCCCUGUGGCCAUCACCAGCAGGAGCGAGAGUCCCCUGGACAGCAUCUGCCUCAGUGAGUCUGAGAAGACAGCAGUGCUGACACUCAUCAGAGAGGAGAUCAUCACCAAGGAGAUCGAAGCAAAUGAGUGGAAGAGGAAAUACGAAGAGAGCCGCCAGGAAGUCUUGGAGAUGAGGAAAAUCGUGGCUGAGUAUGAGAAGACCAUUGCCCAGAUGAUAGAGGACGAGCAGAGGACAAAUAUGACCUCUCAGAAGAACCUGCAGCAGCUCACAAUGGAGAAGGACCAGGCUCUGGCAGACCUGAACUCGGUGGAGAGGUCCCUGUCAGACCUCUUCAGGAGAUAUGAAAACCUGAAGGGUGUCCUAGAAGGCUUCAAGAAGAACGAGGAGGCUCUGAAGAAGUGUGCUCAGGAUUACCUGACCCGGGUCAAGCAGGAGGAGCAGCGGUACCAGGCCCUCAAAGUCCAUGCAGAAGAGAAAUUAGACAAAGCCAACGAGGAGAUCGCCCAGGUGCGCACCAAGGCCAAGGCGGAGAGCGCGGCGCUGCACGCAGGGCUGCGCAAGGAGCAGAUGAAGGUCGAGUCCCUGGAGAGAGCUCUCCAGCAGAAGAACCAGGAGAUCGAGGAGCUGACCAAGAUCUGUGAUGAGCUGAUUGCCAAGCUGGGGAAGGCAGACUGAGCCUCACCACCCCUCCUCCAGCACUCUGCACUUGGCUGCUUCUCUCCUCACGUCGAGCACUUUGCCUUAUCCCCCCAGGCCCCCCAGCAGAGCAGCACCCACCCCCAGCUGCCUGCUCCGCUUGGCUGCUGGACCCCACGGUCCCUGUGCCACCUUGUCCCCAUGCCUGCUCCCCUAGGGUCCCUGGGCUGGGCUCCCUGUGGUCAGGCUGGGUCUGUGCCCCCCUCCUGGGGUCUGUGCCCCCCUCCUGGGGUCUGCAGCGAGUGGCUGCUGUGCCAUCCCUCUGCACAGGUGCCACCUCUCAGCUGGGGACACACCAAGCUCCAGCAGAAUUCCUGAGGCUGCCUUUGGGAGGCUCUGGGGGGGAUACCACCCCUGUGAGCCCUGUGCCAGUGCUGUGUGUGCCCUGCUGGUAAGGCUGUGGCAUGAGGCAGCCUUGCCUGGUGAGUGGCACCGUGGGGGUGCCGUGGGGGUGCCGUGGUUCAGAGUGUGGUGUGGGGCACGGGGUGGGUGUGCCGUGGGCACUGCCCCUUGGGGGUGGUGCAGGAGCCUCCUGCCCUGCAGGUGGCUGGGACUGAGCAGUAGCUGCAGGGGGGGAGGAUUCUCUGCUGUCUCUGCUGGAGGGGAGGCUGUGAAGAGUCAGAGCAGGGGAGGUUUUGCAGGGUGGGCUGCCCCUCCCCCCCAGCCCACCCAAGACUUUCACAACAACCUUUUUUUGCUGCUACCUUUUGUUUUUGGUAAGAGAAUUGAGCUCUUUGCCUUCUAUUUUCUAACCCCCUGUGCCCAGCUUGCAGUGCCACUCCUGCUUAACCCAGAGCCCUACCCCUGAGAGAUAUUUUAUUAGCUACAGGAUGUAUAGAGAGAAUUUAUCCUGCAUUGGAGCUGGUAGAGAUGCUGGCAGCCUGCUGCAGAGCACACAGAGCCUGUUUGCUGUGCCCCCCAGCCAGCCCACUGAACGUUCUGGGGG